CUGCUUUCAUGUUCAGUUCUCGAUCAAACGUCAGAAAGUUUGUGUUUCGUUCCUUGUGCUGUGCAUUAUUUCUCGAUUCGCUUGCAUUUUUCACUGAUUCCCCGCGAUUUUAGUUCCGUUUUCAUCGUCAACACUGUGCUGGAGCUGACGAAGAUACAGCGAAGAUGGAAACAAUCUUUGAAAUACAGCGGCGCUUGCACGAAGAGUGUGACCGGCUGGUGAUGGCCAUGUCGGAGGAGUUGAUGAUACCAAAGAAGACGACUAAAGAGAAAGUGCUAGCGGACCACCGGAUAAAGAUCUAUCUCGAGCGAUACCAGACGUGCUCGAAGUCGCUGCUGGAGCUGUACCAGGACAAGGACGGCGAGCGGAAGCAGGAAAUCACCAACAUGAGCGUGAACGAGUUCAAAGAGUUUUACAGCCAGUUCAAUGGGCUGAUCGAGUUCCAUUCCAACCACGGCAACAAUGUGGCCGUACCGGCAUCGAUCGAGUUCGACAAGCUGAAGGAGCAGCUGAACGAUCCGGCCUACCUGGCCGAGGUGGUGAAGUUUAGCGACGUGGAAAACUAUGGCCAGUACUUGGAUCUGCACGAAUGCUACGACAACUUCGUCAAUCUGAAGGGCAUCGACAAGAUCGACUACAUUACGUAUCUGUCGGAGUUUAACAAGUUCGCCGACAUACCGCGCAAGCAGAAGAACCUCAAGUACAAGGGCUACCUGCAGCUGCUGCACGACUAUCUGCACUCGUUCAUCACCCGCAGCAGGCCGCUGUUCUUCGAGCUGGAGCACACGGUGAAGCGCAACGAGCUGCAGUUCGAAGACAUGUGGAAGAACGGCAUCGUGCCGGGGUGGGAGAAGGUGCGCGACGUCGACGACGACGCGCUGAUCAAUUUGAACGAGUUCGGCAAAUGGGAGGACCUCACGUACCUCGGGCUGGACCGGCUGAAGGCCGCCCUGCAGGCGCUCGGCAUGAAGUGCGGCGGCACGCUGGAGGAGCGCGCGCAGCGCCUGUUCGCCUCGAAGGACGACAAAAACCAGGAGAACGAGCGCAAGCGGAUGAUGAACCUGAACAAGGAGAAGGAUAUCGCGCAGCUGGAGUACAAGAUCGCGAAGCUGGCGGACCUGGUGGACGACCAGAUUUACGAGACGAAGAUCAACCUGCAGCGCAAGCAGGCCCGCUACACGCUGGACGAGAGCGACGAGGACAGCAUGGACGAGGAGGAAUCGGACGAUGACGACGGCAUCCCGUACAAUCCGAAGAAUCUGCCGCUCGGGUACGACGGCAAGCCGAUCCCGUACUGGCUGUACAAGCUGCACCAGCUGCACUUUACGUACGAGUGCGAAAUCUGCGGCAACUACAAGUACAACGGGCCGAAAGCGUUCCAGAACCACUUUUCCGAGUGGCGGCACGCGCACGGUAUGCGCUGUCUGGGCAUCCCGAACACGGCCCACUUUGCCAACAUUACCAAGAUCGAGGACGCGCUGGUACUGUGGGACAAGGUGAAGGAGCAAACAUUCUCCAAGAUGUGGGUGCCGGCCAACGAGGAAGAGUUUGAGGAUUCGCGCGGCAACAUUCUCAGCAAGAAGGUGUAUCUUGACCUGCAGAAGCAAGGCCUGUUGUAGGAAAGUGCAUUGCGAGGAUUGGAGGGGGCGAAACGGAAUAAAAACAGCAAACGAACACACAACAGGACACUUAUCUCUCCGUCUGCUCCCUCCGCCCCCCGGGGUUGGCGCCAGAGCAAGAGCAACUCAAUCGGUGUAAUCCAAGUACGCUGCGGCGUUGUUUACGUUUCGAAUGCCCGUUUCGUAAUUUGCAUCCCAAAAGGUUGAUGGUGUCUGGGCGUGUAUAAGUGUGCGUGUGUGUGGGCAAUCAUGAAAGCGCCACAUUUGCAUACGGCCCCCAUUGUGGGAAGUACCACACAGCCUGCAGAGAGGAGGAACAGAACACAAAUGAUGAACGAAUCUGUUCUAAUUUUAAACCGAAUACCACCAGGGGAAAGAUCUUCUCCUCGACAGUCAGUCUCUGCGCGUAUCAUCAUCAUUGGUGUAUGAUGGUGGUAUGACACCUUCUUUACAUUGGGUAGAAUAAAAUAUGAUCUGCUGUGAA